UAUUUUGUUCUCUUUAUUAUGUAAAUCAUAUUUUCUAAAAAUACAGGUGUGUAAUCAGGUAAAUUUAAAAACAAACAAUACUUUUUAAAGUCGGAUGAUCUCUACAUGUCAUUAUCAUGUCGUUUAUUUACAUAUUACAAGACUGAUAACACACACACAAAUAUCGAGUAAGUAUUAUCUUACUCUCUGCAUAAUUAUUUAGUAUAAUCUACUAUUUUAGAGGAAACGAAAAUGGUUUAAAAUAAAUAACAAAAGUCAAAGAUAAAAUGUCAUUGAAAAAAAAUCAAUGUAGAAAAAAAUCUAAUUUGUCGAACUCUGCUUGAUGGAUGCCUGAUGAGAAGUAAACGUAUGGGUUUUUUGAUACUUUUCCUUGAGCCAUUAAUCCUAUGUUACUUUGAUAAACAACAAACCUUGCCAUUGAAUCAUUCGAAAUACAAUGGUUUUUCUACAACCUGGCAUUCGUGGCAUGAGACAGACUUGGCACAAUUUGUUGGAAUUUUUAGUGUUCUGAAACCUCGUUAUUCAUUUAUUUUUCCAAUUGUUCUGAUUCAAUAGAUAUAAGAAGAUGUGGUAUGAGUGCAAAUGAUACAACUCUCCAUCCAAGUCACAAUUUGUAAAAGUAAACCAUUAUAAGUCAAAGUACGGCCUUCAACACGGAGCCUUGGCUCACAUCGAACAGCAAGCUAUAAAGGGCCCCAAAAAUGACUAGUGUAAAACCUUUCAAACAAAAAAACCAACGGUAUAAUCUAUAUACAUAAACGAGAAACGAGAAACACUUAUGAACCACAUCAACAAACGACAACCACUGAAUAUCAGGUUCCUGACUUAGGACAGGUGCAAACAAAUGCAGCGGGUUUUAACGUUUUAAUAGGCGCCAACCUUCACCCUACAUGAAAGCCUUAUGCUGACAAAACACGCAUCUUGCGUACCAAAUAUUCAGCCGGGUAUCUUUGAUUCUAAUUUAAUUAAAACUAGGUUCUUUGAUGGAAGGGGGAAGUAUUUCCUGUUACCCUAUAUCAUCCAUCUCAGAUAUGGACUAAUAAUCAUCUAAAUUGUUUUGCUUUUUGGUGUCAUCAUAUAACAUACCGUCAGCAAGUGUUCUGUUCUUGGUAAACUGUAAACUAAAACAAAAUAAUAUUUAUGAUUUGGUAAAUAGCAGUAGCAUGGGAUCAAACGGCGAAGUGCAAAUAAAACAGUGAAGUUUUGUAACAUUUAACAAUAUAUAUAUUAUAUAUGACAAUCAUUGGUUCGGCAGCAUGAACAAUGAUGUAAGGUUGAUUUGAAUAAACGACCAUUGAUGCAUGAAAUAUUGCAUAGCAGUUCUAUUAAAAGCAGUCCAUUGUUUUGUCGGUUAUAACGUACAGAAAACAUUGUCCACAACAUUUUAUCUCAGUCUGGGUUAAUAUCUUAUUUAUAGGUUAGACAAUACUUGAUCAUGUUUUAUGAAUAUUUAAAGCCCGAGGCGUAGCCGAGGGUUUUAAAUGUUCAUAAAACAUGACCAAGUAUUGUUUGACCAAUUAAGAACAUAUUCACACCUUCGAGUGACAUAGCAAAAUUAGCCUCACAUUGUUAUAAUCAAAUUUUGAUAUCAGCUCACUUGAAAUGUAAACAUGGUAAGUAAAAGAGAUGUAAAUCAUUUUAAUGGUUAUUUCAAUUAAUGGAAUGAAAGAGCAAUGAGAUAAUUUUGUGAUAACAAAAAAGGAUAAAUUAUUUAAAAAUGGAGAUGUCUUCUGCUACAGGUACAAUUUUAUCUUAUAUAUCGAGAAUUCCAUUAUUUUAAAACGCACACAAUGUUAUAUAGAUAUAAGAAGAUGUGGUAUGAGUGCCAAUGAGACAACCCUCCAUCCAAGUCAAAAUUUAUAAAAGUAAACCAUUAUAGGUCAAAGUACGGUCUUCAACACGGAGCCUUGGCUCACACCAAACCGCAAGCUAUUAAGGGCCCCAAAAAACGAGAAACGAGAAACACUAAUGAACCACAUCAACAAACGACAACCACUGAACAUCAGAUUCCUGACUUAGGACAGGUGCAAACAAUUGCAGCGGGCUUAAACGUUUUAAUGGUACGAAACCUUCAUCCUUAUCUGAAACAAUAGUGUAACAUCACAACAUAAAAACACACACUAUAAAAUAUCGAUUGAAAUGGCUUAACUCAAUCAAAAGACAUAUUAACACCGGUGAACAUACACUGAACAAAUAAAUUUGAUCUAUGAUACAAUGCAAAUACAAAAUAAGUAAACUAAGGGAAAAAUGAUUAAAGUAACAUGUUAUACGCUGUGAAAUGUUAAACAAUUUAAGAAAAAAAAUAUACUUGAACAAAAUAUCAUCCAUUUGCAAUUACUUUAAACACAGGUAAAUGAAAAUAAUUUUGUUGUUAGGUAUACGUGUACAGUUGAGAUAGAGAAAGGCAAUAUUUUUACAAAAUAAAUAAUUUUGAUGUUCAUAGUACGAAGAAGUGAAAAUUUAUAGUAAUACCAAACACUUAUCAAAGCUGGUAUAUAGACCAGAUAUAACCCUGAAUAACAUUAAAUAACAAAAAAGCAUUACGAUUAGUAUCAACAGGUCAUAAACAAGAAAGUACGAUUUGAGAGUACUCGCAGUUACUGACUAGUUAAAAGCCAAAAACAAUUAAUAAUAAAAAAUCAUGCAUCAGAGACUAAAAUCAACUAACACACAUCCCAGGGAUUUAGUAUUUUAACGUCAUGGACAGUCAAAGAAGACAUGACUUGUGCAAUGCCAAAAAUAAAUGUAUCGACAGGCAGUAGGCUAGUUAGGAGUUAACCUCUUUAUAGAUCAAAAUAAACGUGGGUGUGUCUUUAUACAUCCCACAUGGAAAGCCAUGUACUAUGAAAAAUAGAAGGGAAAAUACUGAUUUUCCAUUGGACAAGAAUGGGUUAUUUAAUGUAAGUUGAAACUGACUAUGGAGCUUGGUGGUUUAGACUUUGAUGUCAACACAACUAUCAUGCAAAACAGCAGUAAUAUAACAAAUGGUACAACUAGAUUGGAUUACUAUGGUGUAACAUUAACAGCUGUAUUUAGUGUGUGGUUAAUACUGAUUAUUAUAUUUGCAGUUAUAGGAAAUAUACUGGUCAUGUUAGCGAUUCUGCUGGAUAAGGACGUGCAGCGAAAGGAUAACGGCACCAAUUUAUUCCUUUUUAAUCUUGCAUUUUCUGAUGUAAUGACAGCAGUAUGUGUUGCUCCUGUUUCGCUUUAUACUCUUAUUCACGAGGGAUGGCAUUUUGGAUCUUUUUUUUGUAGCUUGAAUCUUAUCCUUAACAUGGUAUUUUUGUUUACGUCUAUUCAUAGUUUGAUGUAUAUAAGUAUUCAUAAAUACCUAUCUGUAAAACGAUUAUCACAGUGUGAAAAACGACCUGUCAAAAGAUGUGUUUGUUACGGUAUGAUUGCAGCAUCAUGGAUAUGGGCAGUUCUUUUUGCCCUCGUCACAACAUUUGUUUUAACUGAAGCUGAAUAUAAAGUUAAAACAACACAAUGUGGUCCGAAAUAUCCGAUUUUUACAGUUAAAUCUGUAAUCCUGUCUUUGAGCAAUUUAUUGAUAAACUUAGUACUUCCAUUUAUAAUUAUGCUCAUUAUGUACUUGAAGAUAUUUUAUAUAAUAAGAGGGACUGCUGUCUUUAGACGUCAGUCAUCCCGCAGUGAUUCUAGCUUAAAAAGAACGGCUGGUGAGAAAGCUGCAAUAAAUACCCUAAUUAUUGUCUUAGCGUGUUUCGUAAUAUGUUGGCUUCCAUACUUAUUCUACACGAACUAUGUUUUCUUCGAAGCGGACAAGGAUUCCAUUCCAGCCUUUCUAAAUCCAUUAGCUUAUUAUUUUGGAUUUACAAACAGCGCCUGCAAUCCAGUUAUUUAUGCAUUUCGGUUUCCCGAUUUUAAAAGAGGCUACUUAGAAAUUCUGAAAAAGUUUACCUGCUGUAGUAGUAGUAGGGCAUGUGAAAGCGUCCAGAAAACAGAUGUAGAUCUCAGGGAAAGAAUUGACCUAAUAGAAAAUAACGCAGAUAAUACAAAAAUAUCAAAGGAUAAUAUACAAUAAGACGGCCUUAGGGGAAUGUGUCAUGAGUUAGUGUGAUAUUUGAUAAAGUAACAAGACAAACCAAUAUAUAUGUUGUAAUUGUGUUACAAUAAUAUUCUAUUGUAGUGGUUAUGUUAAAAAAGAGAAUAAAGGCAAUCCAAGAAUAAAAGUAUGCGAUAGCCAAACCAUAAAUUCAUAAAUUCAUACCUGUCGAACUGUAAUACUAAAGGAUACAACAAACGAACAUAUGUACAAAUAACUCAUAUCAGGCAUAUAAGCUGUCUGUUUCGCUCAUUCAAUGGUAGCCACAUUUUCGUCUUCCUUUCCUUCAAUAUCGCAACGAGUUUUUACUUGUCUUUAACAACACGGCGGGUACCCGUGAUGGGCA